AUGGUACAUGAUGGCUCAUUAUUGGCCAGUAUAAUACCGAAACGCGACAGAUAUUUGUACGACAGUUGGGAUUCAAUGUUGUCCAGUGAUGGCAAAUUCGAUAAGCCAUCGAAUUGUACAAAUGGAAUCAAAUGGAUUCUAGAUGUUUUCGGAGAUUGUGUCGACACGAACUUGAAAUUAAUUGGCUUUAUCAUUGGAUUCAUAUCAUUGUUUCUGUGGCUUCUGCCAUUAAUUCCACAGCUUUUACAUAAUUAUCGCACUAAGCGCUGCGAUGGACUUUCCAUUUAUUUUAUUCUUUUUUGGGUUGUUGGUGAUUCAUGCAACACAGCUGGAGCAGUACUUACAAAUCAACAACCUCUUCAGAAAAUUAUUGGUGUUUAUUACAUUGUACAGGAUAUGGUGCUUUUGAGCCAGUAUUUUUAUUACAGUCAUAUCUAUCCACAUCGACUACGAGUUUCUGCACGAAGUAAUCCAAUAACAAGUCCAACAGCAAUAGUGCCAGGCAUUUUUGUUGGAUUAUUAAUGACUGGAGCAUUGCUUUCAAAAGAACAUGCACCGAAUGAAUUCGAAUAUCAAACUUAUGAAGCGUCAGGCGGGAGAAGAAAGUUACUUUCUAUUAAACUACCUGGUGGACCACCAUUUUUUAAUGGCUACUACGAUUUGCUCGGCUAUAUAAUUGGUUCUGUAGCCGCAACAUGUUACUUUGCUGGUCGAAUUCCUCAGAUGUUAAAGAAUUAUUACCGUCAGUCUUGUGAAGGUCUAUCACUGAUUAUGUUCUACAUAAUUAUAUUGGCAAAUGCUACAUAUGGAUUAUCUGUUUCACUGGAAGCAACUAAUUGGCAUUAUAUUUUGCGUCAUUUACCGUGGUUGGUAGGUAGUUUAGGUUGUUGUAUAUUCGAUGUCAUUAUGGUUGUGCAGUACUUCUAUUAUGAUCGUUUGAAUCGUAAGAAAGAUGUAAUGGAGCGCGAAGCAUUAUUGGAAGAUGCAGAUUGA